UUAUGAAUUAAAGUAAAACUGAAAGUGGAAAAAAAAAUCGUAUGAAAAAUCUGCAAUCAUGUCUCUAUUCUUUAGCGUAAUGAGAUUCUGGCGAAUUGCCUUCAUUUUAAUGCUUUAUUUAAAAACAACAGUAACGGCUUGGUCGCGCGAUGCGGAUGCGGAGCAUGCGAUUGAACAACGCCGUCAUGCACGUCAUACAAAUAAUAGUCAUUUUAAGAACAACAGUCGCUUGAUGAAUAGCUCAAGCUUUGUCUGCAAUGAUACUGGCGAUGACAUUGCUAAUGAUGCUGUACGUCAUACCGAUUGGCAUCGUGUAGAGAUGAUGGACUCGAACGGUCUGUAUUGGCUGGAGUGGUGGUUGAAAUCAAAGGAAAUUCAUUUUCGUGUCACGGUCAAUACCCAAGGUUUCAUUGGCUUGGGAUUUUCGCGAAAAACUGGACGUAUGUCUGGUGCAGAUAUGGUUAUACUCUGGGUUGAUGAUCGGACAGGGAAAGCAAAUGCUCUUGAUUGUUAUGGCUCUGCUGUGCACCAUAAUGUCGCUCCAAUUCAAGAUGAUACACAAAACUAUAUUGUACUGAAUGGUUUUCAAAACUCAACUCAUACCCAAAUCGAGUUCUCUAGGGAAAUUGAAACAUGUGAUCCUUACGAUUUGCCAUUAGGGAGUGAUACCUUAAAAGUUUUAUGGUCUUUCGGUGAUACCGAUCCCACACAUGGCAAUCUAAAGGGUCAUGGCAAAAAUCGUGGUCACAAAUCAUUACAUUUAAUGGGGCCUAUGUUUCAUAAAAGUCAUAUCUUGUCAGCGGCCAGCAGGCAUAACCAGGAAAUUCACAAGUGGGAUGUAACCGUUCAAAAUGUAUCUAUACAAUCCACCAUGGAUACCUUAUAUUGGUGUAAAAUCUUACAAGCUCCCACUUUAGUGGAAAAACAUCACAUUAUCGGCUACGAAGCCUUACUGUCACGCAAUGGGCCGAAUUCUCAACCUCUCGUUCAUCACAUGACUCUAUUCGAGUGUUCUACGAAAUCAUACCCAGGCUCGGAUCCGGCUUCAUGGAAUGUCUGGGUGCGAAGUAGCGGUGCUGUUUGUAAUAGCAAUUUAUUAACACCACGUGAUUGGGACGCUUGCAUUACGCCGGUUGCCGUAUGGUCUAUUGGUUCUACAGGGCAAUUUCUACCACAACAUGUUGGUAUUCCAGUGGGCGGAAAAGCUGGCGCCAAAUAUUAUAUGUUGGAAAUUCAUUAUGACAACCCUCACGGUCAACAGGCUUUCGAUCAUUCUGGCUUCCGGAUACACUAUAGUAAGCAUUUACGUAAAAAUGACGCAGGAAUAAUGAUAUCAGGUGUAUCCAUUUCGGAUACACAACUAAUACCGCCGGGUCAGAAAUUAUAUCGUAAUGUUGGCAUAUGUGGACCAUCAUGCUCGAAUGUGAUGUUUCCCGAGACAGGUAUAAAAAUUAUUUCAGGUAUUUUACACUCACAUCGUGCGGGCCGUAAAAUGACACUGAGGCAUGUCAGGGACGGUAAGGAAUUGCCACGCAUUAUAGAGGAUGACAAUUACGAUUAUAAUUAUCAGCAAGUAAGGCAAUUGGAAAACGAGACUGUUGUUAUGCCUGGUGAUUAUAUAAUAACGGAUUGCGCUUACGAGACUUCUAAUCGUAAGCGCCCAACAUUUGGAGGUUAUUCCACCAAACAGGAAAUGUGUUUAUCAUUUCUCACAUAUUACCCACGUAUUGAUUUGGCUGGUUGCUAUAGCAUGACUCCGGUUCGUGAAUUCUUCGAAACUUUUGGUGUUUAUCAAUUUUAUUCACUGAAUAUGACUGAUGUGGAAAACCUUUUUCUUUAUAACGGCGACAUUUUGGAUUAUAUACCUAACACGAUUUAUGCUAAAACGAAAAAAAAUCGCAGUAAUCUUACCGAAGAGGACGUGCUAUAUGAAGAUUCUUUAUUAAAUAAAUUAAUUAUAUCGGAUCCUGUGGAAUUUCAUGAUCGCACUUUUUUGUCACAUUUAAAUCUGUUGCCUUGGACUGAACCUUUAUUUACAAAACGUGUGGAAUAUAGCAUGAUUAACGGGAAACAUAUGACAUUUUGCCGCGUGGCUAAUGAUGGCGUGUCCAUACCAUCUGAGAUUAUACGUUAUCCCAAUUUCACCGCCUUUGUAAAGCCACCUAGUCCAUGCCCAUACCAUAUGCUUAUGGACAGCCCUCCUUUAAUCUCCACCGCCUCAAGGAUAGGUUCUCUCACUUUACUAAUGUUAUUUACACUAUUUUAAGUAAGCAACUAAAACCUUCGAUCAAAUUAUGUAAAUACGAAACUUUUAAAAGUAUUAAUUUAUUGAGAAAACAUUUUUAAAAUUAAAUUUUUUUUUUUUUUUUAUUCCACUUUUAAUGUCUUAAUUAUUUUAGAAGCAAUUUCACGAAUU